AUGUCCCUGCAGGUGAAACUCCAGGGAGCCCUGGGCCCUCUCAGGAAGGAGCUGGAAGAGGCCCUGGCUCUGACACGUAAAGAGGAGAAGAAAACGACAGAGUGGCAGAUGGGGAUGGUGUGUCGGCUGCUACAGCCAUCGGUUUUCAGUGCCCUCCAUGACAAAGCUCCGCAGCUUCUCUGCAGCCUGGAGGAAACAGAUUGUUCCGUCUCGCUCGGCACCCACAAUCCCUGCAGUGAAUCUGCCCAGUGCCUGGGCCAGACACUGGAGCUGGGAGGAUUUUCCCCCAUGGAUUCUCUGAUGUUCUGGAACUGCAGAUUUUACCCUUUGGUGAUUCUAGAGCUCUACCUGAUAUCCCUGCUGGGAAACUUUCUCAUCAUCACAGCCAUAGCCCUUGACCAUCCCCUUCACACCCCCAUGUACUUCUUCCUGAUGAAUCUGUACAUCCUAGACCUCAGCUCCAUCUCUGUCACCAUCCCCAAAUCCAUGGCCAAUUCCCUCAUGAACACCAGAUCAAUUUCGUAUUCUGGAUGCGUCACUCAAAUUUUUCUCGUUGUCAUGUUUGUUUCAGCAGAUUUUGCCAUACUGACUGUCAUGGCGUAUGACCGAUACGUCGCCAUCUGCCAACCACUGCACUAUGAGACAGUGAACAGGAGCGCUUGUGUCCAAAUGGCAGCCAGUGCCUGGAUCAGUGGUAUUCUCUACUCUGCACUGCACACUGGGAACACAUUUGCAAUAUCUUUCUGUGGAGGCAACAUGGUGGAUCAGUUCUUCUGUGAAAUCCUCCAGCUACUCAAGCUCGCCUGCUCUGACUCAUACCACUUUGAAGUCGGGUUUCUUAUCUUUAGUAUGUGCUUAGCCUCAAGCUGUUUUGUUUUCAUAAUUGUGUCAUAUGUUCAGAUCUUCAAAGCAGUGCUGAGAAUCCCCUCUAAGCAGGGCCAGCAUAAAGCCUUCUCCACCUGCCUCCCUCACCUCUUUGUGGUCUCUUUGUUCCUCUGUACUUCUGCCUUUGCCUACCUGAAACCCAUCUCCAGCUCAACAUCAGGUCUGGAUUUCAUGGUGGCUGUUCUCUAUUCUGUGUUGCCACCAGUGAUGAAUCCGAUCAUCUACAGCAUGAGAAACAGAGAUCAAGGAUGCUCUGAGUAA